UUCUUUUCGCUUGUCUGCAGAUAGACGUCCGCCUAGUAUCUUUACCGGAAAAUAAACUCGUGAAGGAGUCACCGGUUGCAACCACACGUCCAUCCGGCGGAGGAUACCGCUAUAAUGGGUGUUUUUCGCGAAAGUGGACUUAAGAACAGUUUUCGUGCUCGCGGAUUCAGAUAAAAAACAACACAUCUUGACGCCCGCUAGCUAACGUUAGUUCUCGCCGCUGUCCUAUGGUGUUGCCUUGGUGAGAGUCUUCAAACGAGGGAUAUACAAGGAAUCUUACUGGGAGGCUGUCCUAAACCGCAAACAUGUCUGGGGCAUCUGUAAAAGUCGCAGUUCGGGUUCGGCCCUUUAAUUCCAGGGAGAUGAGCAAGGACUCAAAAUGUAUCAUUCAGAUGCAAGGCAACACUACAACUAUUACCAACCCCAAAGCCCCAAAGGAACCAGCAAAGACCUUCAGUUUUGAUUACUCCUACUGGUCACACACUACGCCGGAAGACCCCAGCUUUGCGUCACAGAACCUUGUAUACAAUGAUAUUGGCAAGGAAAUGCUGGCACAUGCUUUUGAGGGCUACAACGUCUGCAUCUUUGCUUAUGGCCAGACAGGAGCUGGCAAAUCCUAUACUAUGAUGGGCAAGCAGGAGGAGGGCCAGGAAGGAAUCAUUCCUAUGCUCUGUGAAGAUCUGUUUGAGAAAAUCAAUGAGGACAGUAACAAAGAGGAGCUCUCCUAUUCAGUAGAGGUCAGUUACAUGGAGAUCUACUGUGAGAGGGUGCGAGAUCUGCUCAACCCUAAGAACAAAGGGAACCUGCGAGUGCGAGAACACCCGCUAAUGGGCCCCUAUGUGGAGGACCUGUCCAAGUUAGCUGUCACCUCCUACACAGACAUCGCUGAUCUAAUGGAUGCAGGCAACAAGGCCAGAACUGUGGCUGCCACCAACAUGAACGAGACCAGCAGCAGGUCCCAUGCUGUUUUCACUAUCGUCUUCACACAGAGGAAGCAUGACAGCGAAACAGACCUCUCCACAGAAAAGGUCAGUAAAAUUAGUCUGGUAGACUUGGCAGGGAGUGAACGAGCAGAUUCCACUGGGGCCAAAGGUACCAGGCUAAAGGAGGGAGCAAACAUCAACAAAUCUCUCACCACGUUAGGAAAGGUUAUCUCUGCCUUAGCUGAAGUGGAUAACUGUACCAGCAAGAGCAAGAAGAAGAAGAAGACUGACUUCAUCCCCUACAGAGACUCUGUUCUGACAUGGUUGCUGAGGGAGAACCUUGGUGGAAACUCAAGAACAGCCAUGGUAGCUGCCCUGAGUCCUGCAGACAUCAACUAUGAUGAAACUCUCAGCACACUCCGCUACGCUGACCGAGCUAAGAACAUCAAAUGCAAUGCUGUUAUCAAUGAGGAUCCCAACAAUAAGCUGGUGCGUGACCUGAAGGAUGAAGUGGCUCGACUGAAGGAACUGCUCCGUGCCCAGGGCCUGGGAGACAUCCUCGACAUUGAUCCUAUGGGGGAUGAUUGCCCAGGAAGUGGAAUCAAAUGUGACAGUGCUCAAAGCUUUAGAAUGGCACUUCUCAGUUCCCAAACUGAGGCUCAGAGCUUCAGAAGGAAAGCCCCUAUUGGUUCCCUGACAGCCUCUCCAUCCUCUGGCUCACUGUGCAGCCAGGUGGGCCUUCAGUCGGUCACCAGCAUCCAGGAGCGUAUCAUGUCCACGCCUGGAGGAGAGGAGGCUAUCGAAAGACUCAAGGAAUCAGAAAAGAUCAUUGCUGAGCUCAAUGAAACCUGGGAAGAAAAACUGCGAAAGACUGAAGCAAUCCGAAUGGAGAGGGAGGCCCUGCUUGCAGAGAUGGGUGUGGCAAUCCGUGAAGAUGGAGGCACUUUGGGAGUCUUCUCUCCUAAAAAGCUUAGCCAUGACAUGCCAUUUGAUGAGCACUUUGAUGGUUUUCCCACCAAGCAUUUCGUUGAGAAGCCUUGUGAUCUUUAUACAGACUUUAAUGGGGUGUUUUCCCCAAAAAAGACUCCCCACCUGGUUAACCUGAAUGAGGAUCCUCUCAUGUCAGAGUGUCUGCUCUACUACAUCAAAGACGGAAUUACAAGGGUGGGUCAGGCUGAUGCUGAAAGACGACAGGACAUUGUUUUAAGUGGGGCUCAUAUCAAGGAAGAGCACUGCAUCUUCCGCAGCGAGAGGAAUGCCAAUGGAGAUGUUAUCGUCAUGCUGGUGCCCUGUGAGGGAUCAGAGACCUACGUCAACGGCAAACGUGUUGAGGAUUCAAUCCAGCUUCGUUCAGGUAAUCGUAUCAUUAUGGGAAAGAACCACGUGUUCCGGUUCAACCACCCAGAACAGGCCAGAGCUGAAAGGGAGAAGACACCAUCUGCCGAAACCCCUGUUGAGCCGGUGGAUUGGACCUUUGCUCAGAGAGAGCUUCUGGAGAAGCAGGGCAUUGACAUGAAGCAGGAGAUGGAGAAACGGCUCACUGAGAUGGAAAUCUUGUACAAAAAGGAGAAAGAAGAAGCGGACCAACUUUUGGAGCAACAGCGACUGGUGUACGAGAGCAAAUUGCAAGAACUGCAGAAACAGGUGGAGACUAUUUCUUUGGUGGCCGAGACACCUGAUGAAGAAGAGUUGGAGGAGGAGGAGGAGGAGGAAGUGCCGUGGACUCAGCAUGAGUUUGAGCUGGCUCAGUGGGCCUUCAGGAAGUGGAGGUACCAUCAGUUCACCUCCCUCCGUGACCAGCUGUGGGGAAACGCAGUCUAUCUGAAGGAGGCCAACGCCAUUAGUGUGGAGCUCAAGAAGAAAGUCCAGUUCCAGUUCGUCCUGCUGACAGACACGCUGUACUCUCCGCUGCCCCCGGAGCUCCUGUCGCCAGAGCCAGAGAAAGAGCGUGACACCAGGCCUUUCCCCCGCACCGUGGUGGCCGUGGAGGUUCAGGACCUGAAGAAUGGAGCCACACACUACUGGUCCCUGGAUAAACUCAAGCAGCGGCUGGACCAGAUGAGAGAGAUGUAUGACCGUGCUGGAGAAAUGGCCUCCGCGAACCAGGAGGACAGCGAGGGCACUCUGACAGGAAACGAUCCCUUCUAUGACCGCUUCCAUUGGUUUAAACUUGUGGGCAGAGCUUUCGUGUACCUGAGCAACCUGCUGUACCCUGUGCCACUGGUGCACCGUGUUGCCAUAGUAACAGAGAAGGGCGAGGUGCGUGGUUUCCUGCGUGUGGGGGUACAGGCUGUAGCUGCUGACGAGGAGGCUCCAGACUACGGGUCAGGAGUUAGACAGUCAGGAACCGCCAAGAUCUCCUUUGAUGAUGAGUACUUCAAAAAGAACGACUUUCCCUCCACGGUUAUGACCCGCUCCGGCUUGUCCCUGGAAGAGCUGCGCAUUGUGGAGGGUCAGGGUCAGAGUUCAGAGGUCAUCACACCCUCAGAGGAGCUCAACAGAAUCAAUGACAUGGACCUCAAACUGGGUAACAUCGCGGAGACCAAGCUGAGUCUUGGAGACGGUCUGGCAGGUCAGCUGGAGGUUGGCAGCAUCUUCACCUUUCGUGUUACUGUGCUGCAGGCCAACGGCGUCCCGCCCGAGUACGCAGAUAUCUUCUGCCAGUUCAAUUUCCUGCAUCGUCACGAUGAGGCUUUUUCCACCGAGCCUCUGAAGAACACCGGCAAAGGAGCUCCACUGGGCUUUUACCACGUCCAGAACAUUUCAGUUGAGGUCACAGAGUCCUUCAUUGAGUACAUCAAGAGCAAGCCCAUCGUGUUUGAAGUGUUCGGCCACUACCAGCAGCACCCGCUGCAUCUUCAUGGCCAGGACCUCAUCAGUCCUCCAACACCGUCAAGGAAAUACUACCCUAUCCCCAUGCCUCUGUCUAAACCAGUUCCAGCCACUAAGUUGAACACCAUCACAAAGUCCAACCUGGGUCAGUGUGUCAGCAAAUAUGACCUGCUGGUCUGGUUUGAGAUCAGCGAGCUGGAGCCCACCGGAGAGUACAUCCCAGCUGUAGUGGAUCACAGCGGAGGACUGCCCUGCCAUGGUACCUACCUACUGCACCAGGGGAUCCAGCGAAGGAUCACGGUGACUCUCAUCCACGAGAAGGGGAGCGAGCUCCACUGGAAGGACGUUCGCGAGCUGGUCGUGGGUCGCAUCAGGAACAAGGCCGAAGUGGACGAGAGCGCCGCCGAUGCCGUCCUGUCCCUCAACAUCAUCUCUGCCAAGAACAUCAAGUCGUCCCACAACUCCAACAGGACUUUCUACCGCUUCGAGGCAGUGUGGGACAGCUCCCUGCACAACUCCCUCCUGCUCAACCGAGUCACUCCUUAUGGAGAGAAGAUCUACAUGACCCUGUCUGCAUAUCUGGAGCUGGACCAUUGCAUCCAGCCUGCUAUUAUUACCAAAGACAUCUGCAUGGUCUUCUACUCCCGAGAUGCAAAGAUCUCCCCUCCACGUUCCCUCAGGAACCUCUUUGGGAGUGGAUACUCCAAAACCCCUGACUGCAAUCGAGUCACCGGCAUCUACGAGCUGAGCUUGUGCAAGAUGUCUGACUCUGGAAGCCCGGGGAUGCAGCGGAGGAGGAGGAAGGUCCUGGACACAUCAGUGGCUUACGUGCGUGGAGAGGAGAACCUGGCCGGCUGGAGGCCCAGAGGAGACAGUCUCAUCCUGGAGCAUCAAUGGGAGCUGGAGAAAAUGGAGCAGCUGCAUGAGGUGGAGAAGACCCGUCACCUGCUCCUGCUGAGGGAGAAGCUUGGGGAUGCGGCUCCGGUGGGACCAGCUCCCACUGCCAAGUCCCUGAGCGAGUCGCUGUCCCCCAGUAUGAGCUCGGGCACCCUGUCCACCUCCACCUCCAUCUCCUCGCAAAUCUCCAGCACCACCUUUGAAAGCGCCAUCACGCCCAGCGAGAGCAGCGGCUACGACUCCACCGACAUCGAGAGCCUGGUGGAUCGUGAGAAGGAGCUGGCUACCAAGUGCCUGCGCCUUUUGACACACACCUUCAACAGUGAAUAUAACCAAGUGGUCAACAGUAUCAGUGACUGCAAGCUGUCUGACAUCUCACCAAUGGGACGUGACCCAUCAGUGACCAGCUUCAGCAGCGCCACCCUCACCCCCUCCUCCACCUGCCCUUCUCUGUCUGACUCCCGCUGUGGUUCCCUCGACCAGAAGACCCCAGAGAACAGCUCCCGUGCCUCCAGUCCCUCCUGCUCAGACUACGAAAACUUCCCGAUGGUUCCCACUCUGGAGACCUCCUACCUAGCGCGGGCUGGAAAGAACGAGUUCCUCAACUUGGUGCCUGAUAUUGAAGAAAUGAGGCCAGGAUCUGUUGUGUCCAAGAAAGGUUUCCUAAGCUUCAUGGAGCCGCGCUCCAACUCGUGGGUGAAGCACUUUGUGGUUGUGCGCCGGCCCUACGUCUUCAUCUACAACAGCGACAAGGACCCGGUGGAGCGGGGUGUCCUCAACCUCUCCACAGCACAGGUGGAGUACAGUGAAGACCAGCAGGCCAUGCUCAAGACUCCCAACACUUUCGCUGUGUGCACAAAACAUCGAGGAAUCCUCCUGCAGGCCAACAACGAGAAAGACAUGAACGACUGGUUGUACGCUUUUAACCCUCUGCUCGCGGGAACGAUAAGAUCCAAGCUGGCGAGGAGGCGCAGUGGCCUGAUGAAGAACUGAGUGAGUCGAGCGGCGCACAGGAAACCACGGCUUCCAGCCUUUGUGGAGAGUCUUUGAACAUACCAAGUGUUAACACUUAUUAAUCAUUGUGAUUCUUGACGGUUUUCUCUUGUAAGUAGACUUGUGGCUUAAGUCUCCUUUCAUGCGACUAAAAGUUUCAGUUCCAGAGGAAUUUGCCUCCCCUUCUCCCUCCAACAACCCUCUGCCAACUUAGCUUUCCUCCUCUCUAUUUCUCUCCCUUCCUCCUCCUCCUCCUCCUCCUCCUCCUCCUCCUCCUCCUCCUCCUCCUCCUCCUCCUCAGCUUUUUGUGUUUUUGUUUUUAUGACAAUGUUUGGGUCUGAUUUUGUUCCGCUUCGUUGUCAUCCCCUAAGUCCCUAACUAGUAGCAUGUUGUAAUAGUCUACUUGUGUGUGCACGAUUCUUCAGUAACUGUUCUUUCAGGCCACUGAUUUUCUGUUUGCCAAUCAUCUGUAAAAUAAUCGUCUCUAUCAGUGUUAUUCGUCUCCAGAGAAGAGUUUUAUUUUAUUUUUUUUUAUCGAUAUGCCCGCAUGAUAACUGCAGCAGUCCUCAGGAGAAGACCAGGUUUGCUUACUGAAAAAGAAUUGAAACCAAUCAGAUCAUUUAGAGUUGGAACCAUGAAGGGAAAAUAAACGAAUCUCUCUAUGUGACGUAUCAGUUUACGUUGUGCUACAGAAAGCAAGGCUACUUCAAGAUCUAUUGCUGCUAAUGAAUUCAUAGGAUUUUCUUCUCCUUGUGAGAUGUGCGUUAGGCCGCCGCCUCUAGCCCCCCCCCCCACCGCAUCCUAAACAGCCUUUAGAAUCAAAAUGUUAAGUCAGAAAACAAUUUGUCCCAACUCAGUCUGUACUGAGGGCAGCACUGGGUUUCCUCUGCCAUCCCUGUGAUACUUAGAGCCCACUCCUCAGUCAUGUGUACAUACACCUCCACCCCCGAUAGUGCCGCCAGUCAUUGAGUGAUUACUUCCAAUCAUGCAUUUGUGUCAAACACAUGCAGAAAUAUCUGAAGAUUAUUUCAUAUCUGAUCAGUGAAAAUCUGAUGGAUUGUUCCUACAGGAGUAGAUAAUUUGCCCCUGGCCUUUUGCUGUUUUCAUCUCAUGAAUAAAAAACAGGGUUUCGAAGGAGACGAGGAGGAGGAAGAGGAAGACGGACAUGAUUUGUACAUACUGUCUGCUCUGGGAUCAGUGUGGUAGUUACGACUCUCAUUUUAGACAUUCCUCUCAGCUCCUCUAGCUCUUAGCAGUUUGUUCUCACGCUGACGUGUUGAGCGUCAGACCUCAAGAGAGCCUCAACAUCCGCUGAUAUUGUGUUUAAGUUUGUGUAAUACUGAAGACAAAACAGAAGAUGGUGAAAUGGGAGGAAGAUGUAGGAAAGAGAAUGAAGUUGCAAUGCUUUAGCCUUGACGCCAGUAGUUAAUUGAUGACGCUGCUAGCACAUAGCCUGCAGGACAGACGGUAGUCUACCCCAUGACUCCCCUCACUGUCAUGCCUGAUAGUGAAGAGCUUACUGCUCAGCAGCGCCGCAGGUUAGGUGUUCAUUCUCUGUUUGCUUUCCUGAAUUCAGACCUCUUAACUCAUCUUACUCUCACUGGGUUGACUUUUUUUUUCUUGAUCAUUAACAUUGUUGAUUGUUUUUGUUUUUUUAAAUCUAUUAUGCUUUUAAUCAUUCCGUAGGGAAGUUUUAUAUGAAAUGUAACAGAGGGCAUUUAUUUCUUAAUUUCUAACCAACUUUAUUGGUGUUCUUAUUUUGCACAUUAACACAUAUCUAUAGCAAGAUGAGGGCAGAUUUCACAUGUUGAGUCCAAGAUUAUUUCUGAGUAUCACGAACACUGAUAAGAGCACAUAUCAAGGCUACACUGGAUAGCUCUCUCUGGAAAAAGGUUUACUAGAAAAGAAGAAGUGGUAUUAAAGGGAUGACAUAUACUCAAAGGUUUAAUUUGUGGUAUUGUUAAUGAAAAUAUUUGCUCUGUACAUCGUACUACAGAAGCUACAUUUGGCUCCUAGUGAAUUUCAUCUUUGGUGCCUCUGUCUCUACAAAUGGUACAACUGUGAGAAGUGCAGACGGGCAAUGAAAACUCUGGCCAACCAACCAGCAGUAUGCCGACUGUAUCAUGUGAAACGGACAGCAGGUUUUAAAGGUGUUAAACAGAGGUAGCCACCACCUGCUACAAGCACUGGUGGCAUUAUUGGUGAAAUAUGUUGAUUUGCUGAUUUAAAGACAGGCAACAAAUCAGAAUAAAUUAAAGCUGCAGAGCGUCACUGGCCUCAGGUCAGCCAACCUGCCGGUCAGAGGAACGCAAACCUGAAGAAUUGUUUCUGAGAAAAUGUUUUGUCUGUCAGCAGAGCUACACAUGUACUAAAAUAAUAAUGAAAAAAAAACAGACAUCUAUGCACUGAUCGAAGCUCAAAGUGCAACGCACCUCACAUUAACCUCAGCGUGCUCCACACAUGUGAGAUACAUAUCGAUAUGAAUACCUGUCAGAGCAAACAUUUUCACCUCAGUGACUCAUUUGCAGAGGUAUAUUAUUUUGGAUUGUGUAUUUAUUGUUUGCAAUGUAUAUAUUAGUUUGCAGCUCUUUGCACAUAUCAAUAAAAGGUUCAACUAACUGA